AGGAGAGCACACACACAUUACACACACACAUGCACACACACGUAUGCACAGGUACGCGGUCACUGCAUCCUGCGACUUGAAACAAAAGAAACUUUGUGCCAAUUCACACAAAGCAAGAGAUAGAAAUGACGGAGUGACUUUGAACGCAUCACUUUUUUCCUGCGGAGACAACAGCGUCGGACUAUGAGGAAGCUUCCCACUCCAAACAACCAUUUUUUUCUUUUACAACUUUUUGUCCUAUUUGACUCAUUUGGAGAGCUGGCUUUUUGGAUGAGACCCCGCUAGUUUGGACUUUGACAUAUUUUUCGUGCGGUGGCAGGAACGAUCGUUGAUAGGCAAAGUCUCGGAGGAUUUUGGAGACAGAAAAUAUGGCAACACUUCUCAUCUGCGGGUUUAUUCUACUCAAGGUCGUCUUCGGGGACGCUUGUGCUAGCGGACAGUUUAGCGAAUCAGGCCAGUGCUGCAGUUUGUGUCCUGCAGGCUUUGGAGUGUCGGCUGAGUGUGGAAAAGAGGACACCAAAUGCACACCAUGUCCACAGGGGACUUUUUCCUCUUCGGAAGACCUCGGGCGUUGCCUCCCGUGCUCGCAGUGCCCGUACGGCGUCCCCACGUUGGUGUCCUGCUCGGCUGCUGAAGACACACAAUGCGAAUGCGAUAGCGGCUUCUUCUACCUGCGAUCUUUCAGAGUGUGCGCACCUUGUUCAAAAUGCAACCGUGGCCAGGGGGCGGGACAGCAAUGCGGCCCCAAGGGGGACACGCUGUGCAUGGCUUGCGGCCGCGGAACCUUCUCUGAAGAACACCACAGCACCAAGCCGUGCCAGACCUGCACACAGUGCACAGACAGCGAGGUGGAGAUCCGGGCCUGCAUGCCCAACUCGGACACACUCUGCAUGGAUAAAAAGCUACACGUUCUCUCUGAUGCGGCCCGCAACGCUCCGAGUUGGUCGGGUGUUGAAGAGGUGACGCAAGGGGGAGGCAGCGCCGCUCCAGGGACACCAAAGUCCACCCCGCAGAAUGAGAACAGCAACAACAACAACAUCCUGGCCUACGUGUCCGUACCAGCUGCAGUGGUGCUGGGCCUGCUGGUCUACGUCGCCUACAACUGCUGGAGAUCGUGUAAACAGAAGAAGGCUCUGUCCAAGGCCCGCGCCGCCGAGCUGGGCGCGUCCCCAGAAGGAGAGAAGCUGCAAAGCGACAGCGGAGUGUUCCUCGACUCGCAGAGUCUGCAAGACAACCAGCCAUGUAAAGGUACAAAGAGGGACAGCAAGCAAGACACGCGCCUGUACAUCAACCUGCCCCCCCACAGGCAGGAAGAGGUAGAGCGGCUCCUGGAGGACGGGGCGGCCCGCGGCUGGCGUCAGCUUGGCCAAGCGCUGGGCUACGACCCCGAGCAGCUGGACCUGUUCGGACGCGGCGAGGCCCCCGCUCGCACGCUCCUCUCCACCUGGGCGCUGAAAGAAGGAUCCACUCUGGGACUGCUGUGCUCGGCGCUGGCUCGCAUCGAGAGGCCCGACGUGGUGUCGGCCCUCAACUGUCCCACGCAGGGCGUCUCUGUGGUGUGAAGGAAGCCACCAUCAAGCUGCACCGCUUUGACUGCAGAGCACGCCUUAUGAAUCUUUUUAAGCCACACUAAUAUACAGUAGUACCUCAACUUGCCAGCUUUAUUGGUUUCAUGUAGGGAUGUCCGAUAAUGGCUUUUUGCCGAUAUCCGAUAUUCCGAUAUUGUCCAACUCUUUAAUUACCGAUACCGAUAUCAACCGAUAUCGAUAUCAACCGAUAUAUGCAGUGGUGGAAUUAACACAUUAUUAUGCCUAAUUUGGACAACCAGGUAUGGUGAAGAUAAGGUACGUUUUAAAAAUAAUGAUAAAAUAAUAAGAUAAAUAAAUUUAAAAAAAAUUCUUCAAUAAAAAAUAAAGUAAAACAAUAUAAAAGCAGUUACAUGGAAACUAGUAUUUAAUGAAAAUGAGUCAAAUUUACUGUUAAAGGUUAGUACUAUUAGUGGACCAGCAGCACACACAAUCAUGUGUGCUUACGGACUGUAUCCCUUGCAGACUGUAUUGAUAUAUAAUGGAGGAACCAGAAUAUUAAUAACAGAAAGAAACAACCCUUUUGUGUGAAUGGGUAAUGGGGGAGGGAGGUUUUUUGGGUUGGUGCACUAAUUGUAAGUGUAUCUUGUGUUUUUUAUGUUGAUUUAAUAAAACAUUUUUAAAAAUUUUUAAAAAACGAUACCGAUAAUUAAAAAAAAACGAUACCGAUAAUUUCCGAUAUUACAUUUUAACGCAUUUAUCGGCCGAUAAUAUCGGCAGGCCGAUAUUAUCGGACAUCCCUAGUUCUAUGACAGAGUUCUUAACCCAAAACAUUCUUAUCUCAAAUCCACGUUGGCCAUUGAAAUUAAUUGAAUCAAUUGAAUCAGUGUUUGACCCCAAAACUGCAUCAUUUUAACAGAAAACAAUACGAUAGAAUGUACUACAAACAACCACAGUAGUUUUAUGAAGUAAUGAAUUUAUGGUACCUCCUUCCAGAUGCUUCUCCAUCAAACACACCAUCUGCAGCUUUUUCCAUAUUUUCAUGGAUAAUGUCUGCCGUUGAUAUAUUUGAACAUUCCUGGCUGGCUGUGAUGCGCUCAAAUUUCUUUGUCGUAUCUUUGAUGAUUUCUUUUUUUUAAGAACCAUCCACUUCUUCUCAACAUCACCGUCCUUCACACCCACUUUUUUUCCUUUCCAUGGUUGAAAGACAAAAGUUAUGUCCAUCUCUAGCUAUAAGCUAAUGCUAGCGAGUAAGAUGUUUUGGUCCGAUCUUACGGGGUUCACUGUGACUAAUUUUGUAACCCACAUUUUUAAAGCAUAACAUCUUAUCUCAAAACACUCUUAAGUUGAGGUACUCUGUAAUAUUAUAUCCUACUUUUCCAAAGGCAUUGCCUUCACAUCCACUUCCAUCAAGGAGACUCCGUAGUAUCAUUUUCAAUAAUACAAUAUUGUUUGCAUCAGUACUACUCACUAUUGAAAAUAUAUUUGGCAUCAUGUCCACAUAAUAUGCAUAAGAGUCAUCUAGCCCAGUGUUCCCCAACCUUUUUUCCACCAGGGACCGGUUUAAUGCAUGCAUUAUUUUCACGGACCGGUUUUCUCCGUGUAAAUUAGCCUUUGCCCACAAUCUGGCACAUUAAAAUGUUAUAUAUCCAUUGAUGUGCGUCGUCCCAUUACAACUACAAUGGAGUUGUAAUAUACAUCUAUUAACAGGUGUAUUGGUGUGUUUAGUGGGACAGGCGAAAGUUAAGUCUGAGAAAAUGUGGUAGUUUAUAAUUUAAUGUUUCUGUGCAGCUCGGUAGCAAAUGCGUCACGGACCGGUACUGGUCCCCGGACCGGUGGUUGGGGACCACUGAUCUAGCCUAUUAUUGUUUGUAUUUGCAACUUUUUUUAAAAGAUGAAUUAUUCUAAUUACCACCUGAGGAGUUUACAUGUUCCAAUACUCCAAUAAUUCGUCAUAUGAAUAUUGGGUAACACUUUAGUAUGGGGAACAUAUUCACCAUUAAUUAGUUGCUUAUUAACAUGCAAAUUAGUAACAUAUUGGCUCUUAAUUAGUCAUUAUUAAAUACUUAGUAAUGCCUUCUUCUGCAUGGCCUUAUUAUACAACCAGUAAACCAUUAACUAAGAGUCUUCCCUCAAUAACCUCAGAAUUAUUGCUUAUUAGUAACCCUAACCCUAACCCAGGCCUGGGCAAUUAUUUUGACUAAGGGGCCACAUUUAGAGAGAGAGUCUAGGGACCGGUAUAUAUAUUUUUAGGAACACUAAUACAAAACCUCACAAUAAUGUCUGAUUGAAUGCUAAAAACGUUAUGACAAACCGCCUUAAAAAACGUAUUGGAAUUUUAAAUUUUUCUAUGAACGAUAAAACACUGAAUAUUGACAACAUAUAAAUGUCACACCCCCUUUCGAUCGACAUAUUUUACAAUCAAAUGAAACGCAACAAAAAUGCAACAAACAGUGAAAUAUGAACGCGAAGGGUACAAAAUAAACCCACCUACAAUCUGAUACAUCUGAUACAUCACUAAGCUUUAGAACUUUGUUGUGAAAAUCUCCUUCCGCGUCUGUGGAAACGCUUCCCGCCCACACUGCUUGGUGCCUCGCCUGAGCUGCUGUGACGUAGAUUACAAUAGUAACUCAUUAGAUUUCCAUAGUAACUAAUCAGAUUACCAUAGUAACUGGUAUAUCAGCCAUAAGCGCAGAGUCCAACCAUUGAAAUACUUUGUAUAGUUGAAGACUUACGGUCAUUAGAAAACAUGACUGCACAUCAUAAUGGCAGCUACACUUUCCAUCUUAAAGAUCUUAACAAAUUAUUUGGGAAUGUCCGGCGGGCCAGAUUGAAAAGCGUAACGGGCCGCAUGUGGCCCCCGGGCCUUAAUUUGCCCAGGUCUGCCCUAACCCUUAUAUGUUCCCCGAGUGUCCAAAUAACUCUAAAUUAAUCAGAAUCAGAAUAAGAAAUACUUUAAUAAUCCCCAAAGGGAAAUUAAGUCUUUGUUACUUAGACUAUGUUCCCCAUACUAAAGUGUUACCGAAUAUUACCAUGACAACACUUGAAAUCGGCUUCAUAUUGUAAUGAUGCCGAUAUUGUUGGUAUUCCUUAUGGAACACAACCGAACAGAACUCUCUUUUUAAGCUCUUCCUCACGUGUUCACUCUUGUAAAUAAAAAUGUGCGAGGGCCACCAAAGGGAUCAUUGAGAACAGAACACCUUCCCUAUUUAUUUGAGCAGCAUGUUCAAAUGGCAUCUGUGUGUGCUACACUGUGUGAUGGCUUCACAUGAUCAUGUUAUCUUUAUGUACAUAUUUCAUAUUUUACUUUGCCUGUUUAUGGGGUUUUGUCAUUCAAUUAAUAAAUCAUUUGUAAUAAAAA